AUAUAUAUUAAAAUGAAAUGAAAGCGGUAUAAUUUCAAAGUGAUAUUUAAUUAGAUAAAAUAUUUCAAAAUCAAUAUCUACAAAAAAUGAGCAAUAAUAAUAACGUUUUUGUUGUGGGUGAUUAUAUAUGGGUGAAAGUUGUUGCAAAUAAUGAAAAUGACAUACCAAGUGGAUGUAAGAUAAUUGGUUUGGAUAAAAAUCGUGUACAUGUUGAAGACGAUAAUCGGAAUCGUGCUUGGGUACCUUUACAACAAAUAUUACGCACGAUGCACGUAACAUCUGUUAGGGGUGUUGAAGAUAUGAUCACCCUAGGUGAUUUACAAGAAUAUGCCAUAUUACGUAAUUUAAAUUUACGUUACAAUCAAAAAUUGAUAUACACAUAUUGUGGAAGUAUGUUGGUUGCCAUUAAUCCAUACGAAAUUUUACCGAUUUAUACGAACCAUGAAAUUGAAUUGUAUCAAAAUCGAAAAAUUAACGAACUAUCGCCGCAUAUAUUUGCUGUGGGUGAUAGUAGUUAUAGAGCGAUGAAAAAUGAUGGUGAAGAUCAAUGCAUUGUGAUAAGCGGUGAGAGUGGUGCGGGCAAAACAGAGAGUACAAAAUUAAUACUACAAUAUUUAGCUGCAAUUGGUGGUAAGCAUUCAUGGAUUGAACAGCAAAUAUUAGAAGCGAAUCCAAUUUUAGAAGCAUUUGGUAAUGCAAAAACUGUACGCAAUGAUAAUUCAUCACGUUUUGGCAAAUAUAUUGAUAUCAAUUUUAAUGCUUCUGGAUACAUUGAAGGCGCACAAAUUGAGCAGUAUCUUUUGGAAAAGAGUCGCAUUGUUUAUCAAAAUAUUGGCGAACGUAAUUAUCAUAUAUUUUAUGAUUUAAUCAAUGGUUUAACAAAAGAUGAAAAAAAGAAGUUAGAAUUAACAAAUGUAACACAAUAUAAAUAUUUAAACGGUGGGCAAACAUUUGAUUGUGAUGGACGAAAUGAAAAUCAGGAAUUACAAACUAUAAAAGGCGCUAUGAAAGUGUUAAACUUCUCUGAUACCGAAAUUUGGGAUAUUUUCAAACUACUUGCAACAAUUUUACAUUUAGGUAAUUUAAAAUAUCAAUCAAGUGUUGUUUCAAACAUGGAUGUAGCUGAAAUAAACGAUUCCACUAAUUUAACACGCAUUGCAAACUUUCUGGGUACAACAAAAUCAAAAUUAAGUGAAGCAUUAACUUCGAAAACAAUACAUACAAAUACUGAAAAAAUCAUUACAUCAAUGACUCAAGAAAAUGCCCAGCAGGCAAGAGAUGCAUUUGUAAAAGGGAUUUAUGGACGAUUAUUUAUAUUUAUUGUUGAAAAAAUUAAUACGGCCACAAUUCGUCCAAAAACUUUGAUAAAAAAUUCAAUUGGUAUAUUAGAUAUAUUUGGCUUUGAGCAUUUCAAGACAAAUAGUUUUGAACAAUUAUGUAUAAAUUAUGCAAACGAAAAUUUACAACAAUUUUUUGUGCAACACAUCUUUAAAAUGGAGCAAAAUGAGUAUAUAGAAGAAGGUAUUCAAUGGCAACAUAUCGAUUUUAUUGAUAAUCAACAAAUACUAGAUUUAAUUGGACAGAAACCCAUGAAUAUUAUGUCAUUAAUUGAUGAGGAAUCCAAAUUUCCAAAGGGUACUGAUUUAACAAUGUUAGCCAAGUUUCAUGACCACCAUAAGAAUAAAAACAAUUAUAUUAAACCAAAAUCAGAUUUGAAUCCAAGUUUUGGAAUUGAACAUUUUGCAGGAAUUGUUCAAUACGAUGUGCAAGGAUUUUUGGAAAAGAAUCGUGAUACAUUUCAUUACGAUUUAAAGCAAUUAAUUCAGCAGUGUGAUAAUCAAUUUUUACAAAAUUUAUUUAAAGAAUCUAACAGUGAUAUUAAUCAGCGAUCUGGAUUAACAACAUUAUCUUACCAAUUCCGUACGUCGGUAGAUAAUCUAAUGAAAACUUUAGGCGCAUGUCAUCCAUUCUUCAUAAGAUGUAUAAAGCCUAACGAACAUAAAAAGCCAAUGGAAUUCGAUAAAACAUUAUGCUGUCGGCAAUUAAGAUACUCUGGAAUGAUGGAAACCGCAAGAAUACGUAGUGCGGGUUACCCAAUUCGAUAUGACUAUAAUGAUUUUGUGGAUCGUUUUCGUUAUUUGGCACAUGGAAUUCCACCAGCUCACAAAACUGAUUGUCGUAGCGCAGCUGAAAAGAUUUGUUCAAAUGUGUUACCAAAUGAUUCAGAUUAUCAAUUUGGAAAUACCAAAAUUUUCUUAAAAACAUUUCAUGAUGAUUUAUUAGAAAAAGAACGUUCAAAAAUAUUAUCGAGAUAUAUUUUACUAAUACAAAAAAAUAUUAGAAUGUGGAUUCAACGAAAACGAUAUUUACAAUUGCGGGAAGCCACCAUUACUAUACAAAAACAUUUCCGAGCACGUGGCUAUCGACAAAAAUAUCUUAUUAUUAAACGGGGAUAUUAUCGAUUACAAGCUGUAAUCCGUUCACGGCAAUGUUCUCAUGAAUUUCAAAAAAUUAGAAAUAGUAUUAUUAAAGUUCAGGCAAGAUGUCGCGGCUAUUUAAUUCGUAAGUGUAGUAAAAGUGCCAAGGAUAAGGAACGAUUAAAGAAGACAGCAAUGGAGAACGAAAGUGCAAAAAUUGAUAAUAAGGAUGUUGAUGCAUAUGUGGAUGAUAUUUUUGAAAAUGUUUUUAGAAAUGAAUCGUCGAGUCCAAUAUCAAUGGAAAAUAUUAGGAAUGAUGAAGAUAUUACUAAUCAAAUUCCUAGGAAUCCAAAAGAAAUACCUAUUCAAAUGCCACAAAAUCAAAUUAUUGAAGAAGAUUUAUCCGAUUUUAAUUUCCGUAAAUUUGCAGCAACGUAUUUUGCAAAUAAUUUAAACCAUCAAUACUCAAAGCGAACAUUAAAAACGUCAUUAUUAGAUUUACCAGAUGAUACUGAUAUAUUAAGUGCACAAGCUUUAUGGAUUACAAUUUUGAGAUUUAUGGGUGAUUUACCAGAACCAAGAUAUUCUACGGAAACAGAAGAUAACGUACCAGUAAUGACACAAUUGUUGGGUACACUUAACAAAAAUUUUGCCAAUACGAAAGAGUACAAAGAAGGUCUCCGCCAGCAAUUGCUGCGAGAUGGCAAUGGUCACGCAGAUCGGCAAAAAAUUAUAAAUUUAACAUUAAAACAUAAGGAUAAAUUAAAUAAUAUAGUUCGCUUAGGCCUUUUGGAGGAAGAACAUAUUUUCCAAAAUUAUAAUAAUUGGUUACACUCAAGACGAACUACAAAUUUAGAAAAACUUCAUUUCAUUAUUGGGCAUGGUAUCCUGAAACCAGAAUUACGCGAUGAAAUUUAUUGUCAAAUUUGUAAGCAAUUAACAAAUAAUCCCACUAAUUCAUCUCAUGCACGUGGCUGGAUUCUUCUAUCACUAUGCCUUGGCUGUUUUCCACCAUCACCGCUAUUCGUUAAUUAUCUACGAGAAUUCAUUAGGCAAGGGCCACCUGGUUAUGCGCCGUACUGUGAGAAACGAUUAAAUCGUACAUUUAUAAAUGGAGCACGUACUCAACCGCCCAGUUGGAUUGAAUUGCAAGCGACUAAAUCGAAAAAACCAAUAAUGUUGUCUGUUUACUUCAUGGAUGAUUCCAAACGUAAUGUUUUAGCUGAUUCUGCAACAACUUCAGAAGAAUUAGUUAAACAAUUAGCUGAAAAUAUUGAGCUACGUGAUAAAUUUGGUUUUUCAAUUUUUAUCACAAUUUUUGAUAAAGUUUUAUCACUUGGAAGUAGUCGGGAUCAUAUCAUGGAUGCCAUUUCCCAAUGUGAACAAUAUGCAAAAGAACAAGGCACUCAAGAACGUGUUGCACCAUGGCGAUUGUAUCUACGAAAAGAAAUAUUCGCACCAUGGUAUGAUCCAUCUUUGGAUUCAGUUGCAACGAAUUUAAUAUAUCAUCAAGUAAUUCGUGGUAUGAAGUUCGGUGAAUAUCGAUGUAAAACUGAUGGGGAUAUUGCAUUAAUUGCAGCUCAACAAUAUUACAUUGAUUGGAACAAAAUGGAUUCAAAACUUUUACAUCAAGCCGCUCCAAACUAUUUACCAACAUAUUGCUUACAAUCGGGAUCACAGAGUGUUGGUAAAUGGGAGAAGAAAAUUGUAAGUGCUUACAUAAGUUGUUUUAGUGAUCAAGAAAAACGUACUGAACUUGAAGUAAAGCAAAAUGUUGUUAUGUUUGCAAAACUAACAUGGCCGUUGUUAUUCUCUCGAUAUUAUGAAAGUUUAAAAAUAUCAGGGCCAGAAUUGAGUAAGAAUGAGAUUGUAAUCGGAGUUAAUUGGACAGGAGUUUAUUUCAUUGAUGAUCAGGAACACAUUUUAUUGGAAUUAUCAUUUGUUGAAAUUGCUCAAGUGAAAUAUGUCUUGAAUCAAAACUCAACUGUACAUAGUUUUAUAAUAACGACCAUUGAUAAAGAGGAAUAUGUCUUUCAUUCACCAGAUGCUGAGGAUCUAAGUAAAUUAAUCGAUUUUUUCAUUGAUGGAUUGAAAAAAUUAUCAAAAUUUGUUGUUGCUUCUCAAGAUUAUCGACAUCCUGGGGACGUUGGUUCGUUCCUAACAUUAAAAAAAGGCGACUUAAUAUGUUUAGAAGAUAAUAUUAAUGGAGAAAUGUUAAUGAAAUCAACAUGGGGCUACGGAGAAUGUAACGGCAAAUUAGGUGAUUUUCCAACUGAUGUUAUAUACAUUUUACCAACUUUAUCUCAGCCACCAUCAGAUAUUUUAAUGUUAUUUAAAAAAGAAAACACAUUUGAUCCAAAUUAUCAAUCAGCACGACGAAUAAGUGUAAUGCAACGAAUACAAAAAUAUCACACACUUGAAAAAUAUGCUGUUGAACAUUUUAGAGAACCGAUCAAUAUAAAUUCAGUUCGACGACAAUCAUUGUCAUCGAUUAAGAAAUCAAAUAUUGAGGAAUUAUGGCGUCAUUCACGACUACCUUUAAAAUUACCAUUAUUACAAAAAUUACAAAAAGAUGAAAGUUUAAGUGUUGAGGCGUGUUUAGCAUACAAUGCAAUAUUGAAGUACAUGGGUGACAUACCCAGUGGUCAUGGUAAAAAUAUUACAGAAAUAACCAACAAAAUUUUUGGUGGUGCUUUAAAACACGACAUUUUACGAGAUGAAAUUUACUGUCAAAUUAUGAAACAACUUACAAACAACAAAAUCGGUUUAAGUGAAGAACGUGGCUGGCAAUUGAUGUGGCUUGCUACUGGUUUGUUUGCAUGUAGUCAAGCGUUGAUGAAAGAAUUAAAUGAAUUUUUACGUACACGCACUCAUCGAUAUGCUGCACAAUGCUUGAUACGUUUAAAGAAAACUCUACGUAAUGGGCAAAGGAAAUAUCCCCCCUAUAUUGUGGAAGUAGAAGCAAUUCAAAAUGACAGUAAACAAAUAUUCCAUAAAGUUUACUUUCCAGAUGAUACAGAUGAGGCGUUUGAAGUUGAUUCAUCUCUUAAAGCUAAUGAAUUAUGUACAAGUAUUUCUAAUCGGCUUGGGUUAAAAUAUUCUGAAGGAUUUAGUUUAAUGGUUAAAAUUGCUGAUAAAGUAUUUUCAGUGCCAGAAAACUUUUUCUUUUUUGAUUACAUUCAUCAAUUAACUGAGUGGAUGCGAGAAUCUAUGCCUAAUCGUGGUGUUCAAUGGCAGUAUCAAAUAUUUUUCCUAAGAAAAUUAUGGGUAAACACGUAUCCUGGACGGGAUAGGAAUGCUGACAUGAUAUUCCAUUUUCCACAAGAAAUGCCCAAAUAUAUUCGAGGUUAUCACAAAUGUACCAAGAAAGAAGCUGUUUUAUUGGGUGCUUUAUUAUAUAGAAGUCAAUUUGGCAACGAUGCAAGCUAUCUUUCACAAAUUCCACAAAUGAUUAAGGAACUUAUACCCAUGGAUAUGAUUAAAAUGCAGAGCACAUCUGAUUGGAAAAAAGCUAUAAGUGAUUAUUAUAAAAAUAAUAGCCAAUAUAAAAAUAUGUCUAAUGAAGAUGCGAAAGAAGAGUUUUUAAAAUAUAUUUCACAAUGGCCAACAUUUGGAAGUGCAUUUUUUGAAGUGAAACAAACAACAGAUACGAAUUAUCCAGAAGUCAUCAUUAUUGGUAUCAACAAAAGUGGUGUCAGUAUUAUACAUCCAACCUCUAAGGAUAUUUUAAUAACAUACUCAUAUUCGUUGCUAUCGAAUUGGUCUUCAGGAAAUACAUUUUUCCUUAUGACAAUCGGUAACUUCAUGCGUGGUACAAAGUUUUUAUGUGAAACAUCUUUGGGAUACAAAAUGGAUGAUUUAAUUUCGUCCUACAUAGCAUUUUUCCAGCAGAGAAAAGAAGGGAUGUAAUUCUUAAA